AUGGCGGGCGGCAACAACAAGGAUGGGAAGAAGAAGAGAGUGCUCGUUGUGGGAGCGGGAGCUGCUGGAAUGUCGUGUGCUCACCAUCUCUCUGAGCACCCCGACAAAUUCGACGUUACACUCAUCGACGCAGUAGAUUACUGUGGAGGCCAGGCCUUUUCAAUUGACAUUGACAAGGAGCGUCAUGGCGCCGCAUGGCUCAACCAAGGUGUUCAAGGUGGAAGUUACAUUUUCCACCACACCAUGACCAUGUUUGCACGACAAGGCCACCACGCCGACCCCGUCAAUCUCCACGUUUCGUUCGGCAAAGACGACAUCUUCUGGACCAAUGUCUUCCCCACUGAGCUCCUCGCACGGCACCAGAAGGAAAUUCGACGCUUCAACACGAUGCUCAAAAUCGUCCGCUGGUUCGAACUCUUCUUCGCCCUCAUCCCCAUCAAGGUCCUCUUCAAAAUGUUCAUGUUCUCCGAGGAAUUCACAAACACCGUCGCCAUGCCCAUGAUCGCCCUCUUCCUCGGUACCGGCAACGAAACCCCAAACGUCCCUAGCAUCAUUCUUGAGCGGCUCUGCACGAGUCCCACGUACGGAAUGUGGUAUCCACCAGACAAACACAGUAUUGCGAGCAACCUGCCGCCGAUGGUAGUCUUCCCCAAGUUCAGCGAAUUCUACGAGCGCUGGAGACAGGAUUUGAUUAAGAGGGGUGUCAACGUCCGGCUUUCGACAGAAGUAACGCAAGUUGUUAAGCGCGAUAAGACUGGUGUUACAGUCCGGUUGAUCAAGCGCUCGCCGAUGCCUGAUGCGCAUAACCCCAACAGUGCCCAUGUGCCAUAUGACGACGAGCACAAUUACGACGCCGAUGCACAGGAGAAGGAAGAGCACUAUGAUGAGUUGAUUCUCUGCGUUCUCGCCGACACGGCCAAACGCAUCCUAACCCCCACCGCCUCCCACCGCGAAUCCUACGUCCUCGGCUCCGCAAAAUUCUCAAACGACAUAACCGUAACCCACUGGGACUCGACCUACAUGCUCAACCACUACGAAAACUUCUACACCGAACAACGUGCCGUCUCCACCCUCAGCACCAUGGACCAAUCCCAACGCAACGCCUACGCCGCCAAAAACUUCAAACCAAUGUACUACAUAAAAAUGUACCCCUCAGACCGCUCCAAACUAGAAAUGUGUUUCGACUGCACAAACUACCAAUCCCAAUUCCCCCCUUCGGUCCCCUUCGACAAGCACGUCUUCCAAACAAUCUACCUCAACAAAGAACGCGACGGCCAUCUCUGGUCCAUUGAUGAAAUCAAUCCAGACAAGAUUAUCCGAAAAGACUGGUGGCACCAGCUCUGCCACUCCUGGACCCAUUACGCUUUCGUAGUCCCAUGGAUGUGGCUGUUGCAAGGACGCCGCCACACGCGCUUCGCGGCAGCCUGGACGCUGAUAAAUGCGCAUGAAGUCGCGGUUAUGAGCGGCAUCGCUGCUGCUGUUGAUCUCGGUGCCGAGUAUCCCGCUGAUUUGGAGAGAGAUCGCUUUGCGUUUUUGUGCUUUAGGUUGUAUUAUCUUUUGUGUUAUGGGAAGUGGUAUAGGAGGAGGGCGACGAGGAAGAGUAAAGAGGGGCCCGGCAAAGAGUGGGCGAGUGGGUUGUAUGGGAGUGUGUAUAGGGGACCGGGCGUUAGUGAUGUGGAUCGUAGGCAGUGGAGGGAGGAGAAUGGGAUUGAGGGCGAGCCGGAGAGGUAUAAGUUUCCGGAGAAUGCGGGGCAUAGAUAG